CUGAUGCGGCAUCCUUGAUUUCCGCAUGCGGAACAGAACUAGCGGGACCGGUUGCAUCAGAGCUCCCAGUCUAUCUGAGCAUGCCAGCAAAGAAUAGACCUUUAUACGGAAAGCAUGGUCGCUGCUUCUUGAACCUAGGGCAUUUCAUGUGGACAGGAACGGCAGAUGGUCCCUGAGGACUGUGGCCCAAAAUGGCUGUUUAUGGACACCCACUGUGACCAAAUCAGGUGGUGCCGUUUGCAUAGGCGUCUAUCAACACAAUAAAACCACUUCAUGACCAGGAAACCCUGCGGAAAACUUCCUCUUCCUUUACUAGACCUCUGUCACGCGCUCUCUCAGCAAGAACAACACCGUUGCCUCCUAAUCUACGCCUAUGCUUCUGCUUAUUUAUGGCCACUGCCUUGGAAGCAAGAAUUCUGGUGUCUGGGAGCAGUCAUCAGUUUUGAUAAACAUUUAUCUACCUACCUGAGAACAACGGCGACGCUUUCUUCUCCGUGGGAGAAAUCCACACUACGAUCUCCUUUCAACAACAUUGGUCAGGGGACAGACUUCUCCAGCGAAAUGCCAUUCUACUCCCUCCGCAUCGCGGAAAAGCUGAAAGUUUGGAAACAAAUGGAGAUGUUGUUGCGGUCUCGGACUCGAACGCAGAAGGAGAACAAGAACGAGCGGUGUUAUCUUCUCGAAUUGCCGACUGAGCUCCUUCUGGAGAUUAUCUCGCAUCUCUCCAUAGUGCCGGAGGCGUGUUUGGCCUUGACCUGCAAGAGAUUCUUUGCCAUCUCCGGGGAGAUCCUGGACUCCAAAUCACUCCACUUUACUCGAGACUUUGCGCCUCUGUUUCACCACUACCGGAACGGGCAUAACUUCGCCACACCCCGAUGGCAGUUUAUCACACUGUUGGAAGACAGCAAGUGGCGUGCCUGCUCGAGUUGUCUCAAGCUUCAUCCCAAGACUGCCUUCUCUGCAAAAGACCUCAGAAGAAAGACUGAUACGCGAACAUGCAAUCUCGGAGAGAGGGCUGGUAUCGUCGAUCUGUGCCCGUGCAAGAAAUUGACAUUCAAGGACAAAACGGACAUGGUUGAAAUGCUCAAAGUGAGAAGAAGCACGGUCGAGGUUUUGGAAAACCAGUUCAGCGGUGGAAAGGCAGAACGUUUGUGUUGGCACUCAUGCUCUGAAAUGUAUGGGUCUACAGAAUUGAAUGUCAAGAUCUACCCAGAAUUGGAUCCGAAUGAUCACCUCAUCGUCCGAACCGAAUACCAGCUUUCCACGCAGGGAGGCCAACUGGGCAAGGAAGAAAACAUCACCCCAAGAUUCGGGUGUGCCCACCGUUCGAUGGAUUUGUGGCUGUCGAGCGUCUGCCAGUCCAAUUUCUGCCAUAUAGACGACUCCACGUGCACUUCAUGCAAACGAAUAUCUAGCUGUAGCAGCUGCAACACCGUUUUGAAGUGCCCCAAAAAACAGCCAUACAUCCACGAAGACGGCGGCCGGGAAACCUAUACCUUCUGGACAGAGCGGUCUCUCGGCGGUGCAUCACUGGUGCCAGACAAGGAUUGGGCAGCUCAACGCAUUCAUCCGGCAGAACCCUCGGUCAACCUAGAAAAUUGCAACGAACUCUGUCCCUGGACGAUCAGAGAACACCCUCCCCCGUCAUGGCCUCCGGCUCUUGACAUGGACAUCCUGGAGCCAGCCAUCAACGAUCGAUCUAUGAGUCAACUCUAUUCCUCAAUCCGAAUGAUAUAGGAUUGGACCUUAUAUUUAAUUAUACUCCGACAGUAUUGCCGUCAUUAUGAUAGUUACCGAUCUGUUGUUUUUGGUUUCGCAUGUUGGAUACCCUGGUCGCACUGUUUUUAGUGGAGUUCAAUAGUUUAUGUUUUUCAAACCAAUCAAGAAGCCUAAAACAGACACCAUCUUAGCCGCACAAACUCUCUGUAGCCGUGAUGAAUCGAUGACCGUUAAUCUAAUAGUU